CAUCGCAUCGAGCCAUCAACCCACUGACACUAAACCCUAGCCUCGCCGUCGCCGCCAUGGCCGCCUCCCUCCUCCGCUCCGGCCACCGCCUCCUCCUCCGCCACGGGCGCCUCACCCCAGCCUUCUCCACCGCCGCGGCGGAGGAGAUCAUCGACGUCCGCAAGCUCCCCACCGACUACGACCCCUCCACCUUCGACCCCACCUCCCCGUCCCGCGCCCCUCCCUCCGACCGCGUCUGGCGCCUCGUCGAGGACGUAUCCUCCCUUACCCUCGGCGAGUCCGCCGCGCUCUCCGCUCUCCUUCUCCGCCGCCUGGACAUCCCUGCUCCCCCCAUCGCCAUCCUCAACUCUGCCGCGGGCCUGGGUGGUGGUGGUGGCGGCGCAGCGGCAGCGGGCGCCGCCGGAGAGAAGGCCGGUGGGGCGGCGGCGGCCGAGAAGACGGUAUUCGAGCUGCGCUUGGAAGCGUUCGAUGCGGCAAGCAAGAUCAAGGUGAUCAAGGAGAUCCGGUCAUUCACGGACCUCGGCCUGAAGGAGGCGAAGGAGCUAGUGGAGAAGGCGCCCGCGGUGAUCAAGGGCGGCGUGUCGAAGGAGGAAGCCCAGACGAUCAUCGAGAAGAUGAAGGCUGUCGGUGCCAAGGUCGUCAUGGACUGAUCCGCACAUCCAUUUCAAUUUUCAAGUGCAGGGUUCACAAUUUUUAACUGGGUUUUCUCAUGGUUGAUGCAGUUUGGGAUUCCAGUGUUAAUAUCAGAUGGGUGCAUGCAGUCUGGGAUUGUAAAUGUUAAUUGACAUUUUGAAGGCCCAGCUAGCCAAGUAUUCAUGCCAUCAUGUGUUUCUCUUUGUUCUGUUGAUGAAUUUUCUGCCACUAACAAAGAAACAUGGAAUAAUCUCUGUUGAAAAAUGAGAUCAACGGCCUGCAGAGCUCUGGAGUGUUCAACCUUGAGUCUGAGACUCUUUGAGUGUACAACAUUGAGUAUUUUUUUGUUGACCUCACCGGCUGUAUAUGUAAUGGACCAUAGCUACUGAGCUACAAGCACGAUAUGGCGUUCAAGUCAUUAUCAUCUGCAAAUGUGACAUGAUCUUGUGGUAUGACAUGGGUCGUAUGGACAUAGAAAAUGCAUUUAUGUAUUUCUUUUUUGAAACGACAUGGGUCAUGUGAACAUCAACAAUCCACUUAUGUAUUUCUUUUUUGAAACGAUGUAGUGCACUGCUUCUGGCAGGAACCCCUAAGAUGACGAUGACUGGUCCAGGGAGUGCCGAGUCGUCAUAUAAAAAGGGUAUGGUAAUAGGAGUGUGGUGAACUCUAGCCAUGAGCCAAAAGAAGAGAGAAGAAAAUGUUGUACAUUCAGGUCGCAGGUCAGGUCAGCUAGGAGUGGCAGCUGCCAUGUGGC